AUGGAAGCAGAGAUAACAAACUCGCAAGCCGGUCUACUACAAAGGAUGGAAGAAAUGUUUAAGAAACAUGCUACAGGUGGAAGGAUUGUGGAUGACCAACUAAUGUCAUCCGAGCAAGAUCCAUCACAUCCUCCAGGGUUUGGAGCUGGAGCAUCACAUCCUGCGGGGUUUACUUCUGACCCUCAGUACCCACCAGGGUUUACACCAGAAUCCCGUCCUCCUCCUGGUUUCACACCUAUACAUAUAUCCGCUCAUCCUUCGGUACCUCAAGAAACUCGACCUCAUGUAUAUGUUAGCAAUGAGAAUCAGCAGCACCACAUGGGAUCCACAUUCCCAAACAUUUAUCAGCCUGUUUCAGGUGUAAGGAUAGGGGAAUUUAAUACCGAGCAUUUAACCCCGGAUCUGAACGAGUUAGCCGAGAAGGAAAAAGCCAAUGAACAGAUAAAUCAACAAUUGAAGAAAUUGGAAGAAAGGGUAAAAUCGGUAGAAGUGAUUGAACCGUUCUAUGGGUCUGAUGCUAGAGAGUUAAGUUUGGUCCCAGAUCUGAUUAUCCCUAUAAAGUUCAAGGUUCCCGAGUUUGAAAAAUACAAUGGAACCACUUGUCCUUCAUCUCAUAUAACCAUGUUUUGCCGGAGGAUGGCUGGCCAUGUGAACGAUGAAAAACUGUUGAUUCACUGUUUUCAAGACAGUUUGACAGGUUCUGCCGCUAAGUGGUAUAACCAAUUAACUAGGGCUCAUAUCAAAUCAUGGAAGGACUUGGCAAAAGCAUUCCUAGAACAGUAUCGCCAUGUUACAGAUAUAAUUCCUGAUCGGUGGACUCUUCAAAAUAUGGAAAAAAGAAGCAAUGAAACUUUCCGACAAUAUGCUCAAAGGUGGCGUGAUGUUGCUGCACAGGUCCAACCCCCUUUACUCGAAAAGGAGGCUACUGUAAUUUUUGUCAAUACUUUGAGAGCUCCGUAUUUGGGGCAUUUGCUUGGAAAUGCCAAAAAAUUUGCUGAUUUGAUCAUCUCUGGUGAGCUCAUCGAAAAUGCUAUAAGAAGUGGCAAGAUUGAAGUAGUUGAAGGGUCUAGCUCCAAAAAUACUGCAAAUAGUGUCACAAUAACCCAAUCAAGGGCUGAGAGGAAUGACAUGAACACCACUAGAAAUGAUUUCAGGGGACCUCGUAAGGAGAGAGAGAAGGUGUCCUUCACACCAUUACCCGUACCCUAUUCAGAGAUAUACGCCUCGUUAUUCAAGGCAGAUGUGGUACGCCCCUACCGUUUGACCCCUCUUCAACCACCGUACCCUCAUUGGUAUGACGCAAAUGCGCAUUGUGAUUACCACGAUGGAAUUGCUGGUCAUUCUAUAGAGAAUUGUUAUGCCUUCAAAAAGAUAGUGCAGAAUCUGAUUAACACAGGAGGAUUACAAUUUGAUUCACCAGAUGCAUCAACACACCCACUACCGAAUCAUGGAGAGAAAAUAAAGGUAGUUGAAGGUGAAGCACCAGUAGGCAACUUGAUGACUGGAAUAGUGAAUGAAGUCGGGCACUUCACGAGAAGUGGGAGGUGUUAUUCUCCUGAGAUGUCAAAAGAAAUGGACAAAAUGAAGGCAAAAGGAAAAACUGUGGUGGUACCGCAAAAGAUAUUUGAUGAUGAACUCCCACCAAUGAUCAAUGAGCCGGUAACAGAAACGCAAGCUCAAGAAUUCUUGAAGUUUUUAAAACAUAGUGAGUAUAAUGUAGUUGAACAGCUACACAAGCAACAAGCACGGAUUUCGAUUCUAGAUUUGUUAAUAAAUUCAGAAGUACAUCGGAAUGCUUUGUUAAAAGUGCUCAAUCAAACAUUUGUGCCUGAGGAUAUAUCAGUGAACAAGUUGGAUCGAAUUGGGCACAUAGCUGCUGACAACUACAUAACUUUCACUGAUGAUGAAAUUCCUGAUGGUGGAAUGGGAUCAGUAAAAGCCCUCAAUAUCACAACUCAUUGUCAUGGUCAUGUCUUGUCAGGCGUUUUGAUUGACAAUGGGUCUGCACUUAAUGUUAUGCCUAUGGCCACAUUACGGAGGUUACCGGUGGACAACUCACAUAUGAGGGCCUACCAAAACAUUGUUAGAGCUUUUGAUGGAACCCAGCGGGAUGUGCUUGGAAAGAUAGAGAUACCACUGUUGAUUGGACCAACUGUCUACAAUAUUGAUUUUGUGGUGAUGGACAUCAAUCCCUCAUAUAAUUGUUUGCUUGGGAGGCCAUGGAUUCAUUCUGCAGGGGCAGUCCCUUCGUCCUUGCCAAAAUUAAAAUUCGUGACAAAUGGCCAGUUGAUUAGUAUUGGGGCAGAGGAAGAGAAGCAACAAUUAGCCAGAGCAAUUGAUGAAGAAGAGCAGAUGAAAGACAGAGACUUGUUCAAUGAAGCUAUGGAGGGUUUGGAUGUUCCUAACGAACUAUUAAGACUGGUAGAAAAGGAGGACAAACAAAUCUUACCUCACCAGGAAGAAACUGAGGUUAUAAACUUGGGAACUGAUGAUGACAAGAGAGAAGUUAAAAUCGGCAGCACACUUUCUGUUGAGAUAAGGCAAGAAUUGAUAGAUCUGCUCCGAGAAUUCAAGGAUAUCUUUGCAUGGUCUUAUCAAGAUAUGCCAGGACUGAGUACAGACAUAGUGGUGCACAAGCUUCCGAUAAAGCCUGAGUGUAAGCCAGUUCAGCAAAAGCUCAGAAGAAUGAAGCCAGAAAUGUUAUUAAAAAUUAAAGAGGAAGUGAUGAAACAGAUUGAUGCAGGGUUUCUUCAAGCGGCAAAGUAUCCGGAAUGGGUCGCAAACAUAGUCCCUGUGCCAAAGAAAAAUGGGAAAGUUCGCAUGUGUGUGGAUUACAGAGAUCUUAAUAAAGCAAGCCCAAAAGAUAAUUUUCCAUUGCCUCAUAUAGAUACUUUAGUGGACAACACUGCUGGUCAUUCGUGGUUUUCUUUUAUGGAUGGCUUCUCGGGGUAUAACCAAAUAAAAAUGAACACUGAAGAUAUGGAAAAAACUACAUUUGUGACUAUGUGGGAUAUUUGCUAUAAAGUGAUGCCAUUUGGUUUGAAAAAUGCUGGGGCAACUUACCAAAGAGCUAUGGUGACUCUUUUCCAUGACAUGAUGCACAAAGAGAUUGAAGUGUAUGUGGAUGACAUGAUUGCCAAGUCCAGGACUGAAGGAGAACACAUUCAAAACUUGAGGAAGCUUUUCCAAAGACUGAGAAAAUAUCAAUUGAAACUCAAUCCAACUAAAUGCACCUUCGGGGUAACAUCAGGGAAGCUUCUGGGUUUCGUGGUUAGUCAAAGAGGAAUUGAGAUCGAUCCAGAUAAAGUAAAGGCCAUUCAAGAUCUUCCACCACCUCGUACUCAGAAAGAAAUUCGAGGUUUCCUAGGAAGGUUAAAUUAUAUAUCUCGAUUCAUUUCACAAUUAACUGAAAAAUGUGAUCCAGUUUUCAAAUUACUUCGAAAGAACAACCCCGAAGUUUGGAAUGACGAGUGCCAAGAGGCUUUGGAGAAAAUCAAGAGAUAUUUGUCUAAUACUCCAGUUCUGGUGUCACCAGUUCCUGGUAGACCAUUGAUCCUUUAUCUAACGGUCUUUGAGAAUUCGAUGGGAUGUGUGUUGGGGCAGCAUGACGAAUCUGGAAAGAAAGAGAGAGCCAUCUAUUAUCUAAGCAAAAAGUUCACCGAUUGUGAGAUCCGAUACUCGCCAACAAAGCUAUGUUGUGCUUUGGUAUGGGCUACUCGAAGGCUCAGGCAAUACAUGUUAUACCACACUACUUGGUUGAUAUCUAAGCUUGACCCUUUGAAAUAUUUAAUGGAAUCACCGGCUUUAACUGGUAGAUUGGCUAGAUGGCAGAUGUUGUUAUCAGAAUUUGACAUUGUAUAUGUGAAUCAAAAAGCAAUCAAAGGGAGUGCCAUAGCAGAUUUCCUUGCAAGUCGUGCUUCAGAUGAUUAUGAGUCCUUGAACUUUAAUUUUCCAGACGAGGAUUUGAUGUGCAUUACAACCAAGGAGGAAACAAUUUCAGAUGAUAAAUCCUGGAGGUUGUAUUUUGAUGGGGCAUCUAAUGCUUUAGGACAAGGAAUUGGAGCGAUACUGAUUUCCCCGGAAAAUGUCUAUUAUCCUUUUACAAGCAGAUUGGAGUUCUUUUGCACCAACAAUAUGGCAGAAUAUGAAGCUUGUGCUAUGGGAUUAAGAGCAGCUAUAGAAAGAAAAAUCAAAGUGCUCCAAGUAUAUGGAGACUCCUCAUUAGUGGUGUAUCAAUUGCGAGGAGAAUGGGAGACAAAGGAUCCAAAGUUAGUGGAAUAUCGAAGAUUGAUCCUUGAAUUGGUAAAAGAAUUUGAAGAUGUCAAUUUCAAUUAUCUCCCUCGAGAAGAUAAUCAAAUGGCAGAUGCUUUGGCCACACUGGCUACAAUGUUCCAAGCAAAUAGAAGAGUUGAUAUGAUGCCAAUUAAAAUGCAAAUAUAUAAAACCCCUGCACACUGUUAUGAUAUCGAAGAAGAGGUAGAUGAUCGUCCAUGGUAUUAUGACAUUUUGCAAUACAUCAAGCAUCAAAUUUACCCACUACAUGCAUCUGAGAUCGAUAAAAAGACAAUAAGGAAGAUGACUGCUGAAUAUGUAUUAGAUGGGGAAGUUUUGUACAGAAAGGGUAGUGAUCAAGUUUUGAUGAGAUGUGUAGAUGCCCGAGAAGCGAGAAGUAUACUUGAAGAAGUGCAUGAAGGGAUAUGUGGAACACAUGCAAGUGGGCUUUCUAUGGCCAGGAAGAUCAUGAGAUAUGGAUAUUAUUGGGCCACUAUGCAUUCAGACUGUGUUGAUUAUGUAAGAAAAUGUCACAAAUGUCAAAUUUAUGGUGAUAAGAUCCAUGCAUCUCCGUCACCUUUGCACGUGAUGACUGCACCAUGGCCGUUUUCUAUGUGGGGCAUGGAUGUCAUUGGGGCAAUUACACCAAAGGCUUCGAAUGGACAUCGCUUCAUAUUUGUGGCAAUUGAUUAUUUUACUAAGUGGGUUGAGGCUGCCUCAUAUGCAAAUAUCACAAGAUCUACAGUUUGCAAAUUCAUAAAGAGAGAGAUAAUCUGCCGGUAUGGGUUGCCAGAAAGAAUCAUCACAGAUAAUGCCACCAAUUUGAACAAUAAAAUGAUGGUAGAACUUUGUACUCAGUUCAAGAUAAAGCAUUCUAAUUCAGUGACCUAUCGUCCAAAGAUGAAUGGGGCAGUGGAAGCAGCAAAUAAAAAUAUUAAAAGGAUCAUCACAAAGACCACUGAGACUUACAGAGAUUGGCACGACAAAUUACCUUUUGCUUUAUAUGCAUAUCGUACUACAGUGCGAACUUCGACAGGGGCAACGCCUUUCUCUUUAGUUUACGGGAUGGAGGCAGUCUUGCCAGUGGAAAUAGAAAUCCCAUCACUUCGAAUUCUGAAAGAGGUGAAGUUGGAUGAAGCUGAAUGGGUUCAGGCUCGGUUUGACCAAUUGAAUCUCAUUGAAGAAAAGAGAUUAAAAGCUAUUUGCCACGGUCAGAUGUAUCAGAAACGGAUGAUGAGAGCUCAUGAUAAGAAGGUUCAUCCUAGAGAAUUUCGAGAGGGUGAUCUAGUGCUAAAAAAGAUUCUGCCAAUUCAUAAAGAUUUCCGAGGAAAAUGGAUGCCUAAUUGGGAAGGUCCAUAUGUUGUCAAUAAGGCCUUCUCUGGGGGAGCAUUGAUUUUAGCAGAGAUGGAUGGGGAAAAACUGAGAAAUCCGGUAAACUCAGACUCUGUUAAGAAGUACUAUGCUUGA